AACAACCUUUUAUUGUCAAAAAAGGAAGGGAAUACAUAGCGUCGAGUGUAAUAUCAUGGUCUAUUAGGCUUCAUUUGGAUAAAGUGAUUUGAAAGAAAGGAUUAGACUUGACGACAACAGAAAGUUUAGAGAAUAGAAGGCUACAGAACAUAACUAGAUACCACACAUUUGAAAUACCAAGAAGCAAGGAAUCAUUAAAAGUUGUUCUGUUGGUUUUUUCCCUAUUCCAUUUUCAAUAGUGUGUAUAUAUAUAUAUAUAUUUUUUCCCUUUGUUUCUACGCUGUCAUAUUAUUUAGCUGAUAAGUUCAUUAAAAUGAGAAACUAACAAUGGGGUUUGAACUUUGAGUCCUUGAGAAGCAGUGAUCCGAGAAAGUGGUCACUGAAUAUUUGGUUGAGAAGUGGUCACUAUUCUGUAAAGCACUCGAGAGGCAAAAAGUGACAUGCCAGUAGUACAAUGUCAGGACUGAGUGCUUUCUUUAACAUGUUUGCUAAUGCCAAGCAUUCUCUCAUAUCAUAUAGAUGCUCUUCGAGGCUGGGAAGUCUGUUCUUGAAACAUGGAAGGGGACUCAGUACUGUAAGCAUUGGUCUUCUUCCUCUAAAAUUAGGUGCAAGAACAACAGACAUUCUAACUUUGGUAGAUACACUCAAACUGUUUAGCUGAUUAUCCAGGCACAAGGACUCAGCUAGGUUUUCAAGCAUGAAAUACUAGAUUGUCCUUUUUGUGUGCGGUCAUUCGGCUUUUUACUGAGUGCGGAUCUUCCAUGCGUCUCAGUCAUUACUUAAUUGGCUCCAGUAGAAAAGUAUUUGGGGAAAUGUAGUAAAACUAUGAGUCAAUUAGAUUCGAUGUAAUAUAGAAUUAUGAAAAAACCAGAAUCGUUGGUAUAUUUUAUUUCCAGCAAGUGCCUAACCUUAGUGGACGGUCUGCCUCAAGUUAGAGAGUAGUGACCUAAGCUGGAUCUAAACAAUGAGCCUCAUACUUUUACUUGACAUAUCAUCACUUUUCUGUGUGUGCAUUCAGAACCAGCCUAUGUUUUUAUACUAUUAUACUAAUUAUGUAUGAGGGUUUUAAGCAAGUUCUGAUUUAGUCUGAGUAAUUUUUCUGUAUCAUGAGAUGCAAAUAUUGCUUUACAUCCUUGGAUAUUAUCGAUAGUUUCUACCUAAUCUCCCUGUGUUAGUAGUUCCGUAUUUAGUUAUCAUCUCACUAAUUGUACUUGUUAUUCAUUAGACCAUAUAACAGCAUAAGGUGGAAGUCAGACUAAUUACUUGGACCAUUUAACAGUAUCUCAACACUAAAUUAUUUCUAGAUCAUAUGCCUACUGGCCAAAUCUCAAAUAAUUUGUUCAAAUUAAUGUAAUAAAGUACAUAGAUUAGGUGCUUUGGGGUUGCAAAGGGUUAGGCCUACAUUUACUCCAUUACGGUACAUAUCAGAAGAAAACUGGUGAGCUUAACUUCCUUGGAACCAAACAGAGUUCGAAAAAGUAAAAGAACAAUAAAGAGGGAUGAGAAAACGGAAAGCAAUACAAGUAGCUCAAGAGAAAAGUAGGCAUGUGACCACUUUUAUUUCAUAUCUCCAAAAGAAAGACUAAACCCUUCUUAAUUCUCUCUAUAAAACUCUCAAUACCCUCAUUGAAAUCCUUCAUCUCCUAUAUCCUUAGCAAACAUGGCAAGACUUGGUUUGAUUUCCUUACUAGUUCUCUUCCAUGUUGUUUGCCUGGUUGGUAAAGCACACUCAACCCCUCCUAGACACUCAAGUUCCACUAAAUUCAUCGAAGCUUCAUGCAGAGCAACCCAGUAUCCAGCUCUUUGUGUUCAAUGCCUUGCAGGUUAUGCACGCUCGAUUCGACAGAGUGAAAGACAGCUAGCUCAGACUGCUUUGGCAGUGAGCCUAUCCCGGGUGCGGAAAGCUGAAUCCUUUGUGGCCAAGUUGACUAAAGUCAGGGGGAUCAAGCCUAGGGAGUACAGCGCUGUGAAGGACUGCAUAGAGAACAUGGGGGAUGGCGUGGACCGGCUUGGCCAGUCGGUGAGGGAGCUUGGACAUACCGGUCGGGCCUUUGGUCAGGAGUUCAUGUGGCACAUGAGCAAUGUGCAGACUUGGGUUAGUGCUGCACUCACUGAUGAGACCACUUGUCUUGAUGGGUUUUCAGGUCGUGUUAUGGAUGGAAAUAUCAAGGUUGCUAUAAGAAGAAGGGUCAAUAAUGUUGCUCAGGUCACUAGCAACGCACUGGCUCUGGUUAAUCGCUUUGCUGCUAAACACAGGGCGGCCGCAGCUGCCAAAGAGCCCUAGAUCUAGUGCAAGUGAGUUUAGGGGUUAUAUGUACAUGUGACAUGGUAUUAGUAAGGUUUGUGACUUCGUGCCUGGCCUAGAUUUUGUGUUAGAGGGUAUUGUUGUUGCUUGUUGAUGUGUAAAAUGACAACCUUUAAGUUUUGCACCAGUUAAGCUUUUGUUUGACUGAAGAAGAUCCUCCCUUCUAAUUAAAAUGUCUGAAAUGGUUUCACAUUUA